AUGCCACGCGGGAGGCGGUGGGAGAGCCUGAUCCAGAACCUGUCCGGAGACGCGGCCACCACCGAGUCCGGACUGCGCCAGAGGAAGCCGGAGAAUCCGGCCGGCAAGUACCGGCUGGGUCGGGUGGAGCUGACACUGCGCUACAGCGAGACGCGGGGCGCGCUCGUCAUCGUCGUCCACAAGAUCUCGAGCCUGCCCAUGCAGGGCGACGACAUCCCGGACCCGUACGUCAAGACGUACCUGCUGCCGGACCGGUCCGAGGACAACAAGCGCAAGACCAGGAUGCUGAAGGACCAGUGUGACCCGGUGUACGACGAGACGCUGGAGUACUCCGGUCGGCUGAACGAGAUGAGGAUCCGCCGUCUGGAGGUCAUGGUGGUCAGCAAGAAGACAUUCGCCCGCAACCCCACGCUGGGAAUGCUGCACAUCGACAUGAGCGAGAUGGACCUGACCUCGGGAGUGACGCGCUGGUUCGACUUGGAGCCUGAGGACCGGUUCGACUCGUAGAGGCGCCCCGGCAGCGGCCGCCGCGCCGGCCGGACCGGGCGCUCCGGGACGGCUCGCCGGCCGCGGCUCUUCCGGCUGCGCUGGCGCCCUGCGUUAUACGGACUCACUGUGUGUCGCUCUGGUGGUGGGUAGUGCUCUUUCUUCAGUCGACUGCUGCUUCGCGGGGCCUCGAGAGCUCCACGUGUCCCGGCGUUACUAACUCCGUCCCGACUGUGGUUGCGCUUUGUGUAGAAUGAUAUGCGCGACAGCUGGAUGCCUGGACAUUUGCGGGACGUCACGUCCGCGGCGCUGAUGUGACCUCUCAUGCUCCGACUCCGCCGGCGACGGACGAGAAGUCCACCGCUGUCUCCCGCCC